AUGGAAGAAGUCAGAAGAGCAAUCAACAGAAGACUGGCAGAUGGGGAAACCCAAACUACUCUUGCCAUUGCCUAUAAUGUCUCAAACGCGACAAUCUCUCGCUUAGUCAACAAUCAAAUCGGUCGCUCCCACAAGCUUUUGGCAGCUCACAACCGCAUCAUAGAAGGACAAGAGAGGGAGAGACAAGAGAGAGAAAGACAAGAGAGAGAAAGACAAGAGAGAGAAAGACAAGAGAGAGAAAGACAAGAGAGAGAACAACAAGAGAGAGAAAAGGAAGAGAGAGAAAAACACGAGAGAGAACAACAAGAGAGAGAAAAGGAGGAGAGACAACCCAAGACAGCAAAAAAUAAUACGCCAUCAAUUACGAUUGGAAUUCCAGCAAGAGGACCUAAAGGAUCCGACUAUGACCAUCGCACCAUACAAUCCAUCACUGGACUUCCAACUACGCCACUUGUUUAUGGAGGUUCUGAGAAAGUCGAAAAGUACAAUAAGAUAUUCAAAGAGACACAAAGAAUGAUGGUAACUCAAAUUCCAAUACCACCUGUCGCAUGGGUAGACACCAAACAAGAAGAACUAUCUUGCAUCGUCAUGCCUGGAAGAUCAAAACAACAAGAGAACUGUGAAGAGCGCGCGGCCCAAGAAAACCAGAUCAUUCAAAGGGCAUUAAUAAUUGGCCAACCAUUGUUCGGCAUUUGCGCAGCAUCAUGGCGCAUAUGGUGUGGGCUUCAUCGUAGAGAUCUUCGUUCAGAUUUUGGAAAUACAUUGUCCAACAUCAAGAUUUCUUUGGUGCACACAAAGCACAAGACAGCUCUCCAAGCCACCACAUUGCUAAAUUCAAUCGAGAACAGAAACCCUGGAGCAGAUCCGAAACAAUGGCUCGUAGACAUCCGUUCUCUCAAAAAAUUGUUACCAAGAACAGCCGAUUUCAAAAACCAAAUCAGGUUAUUGCUUCAAAUCAUCAAGCACUUGCAGUUCUCAGACUCAAAAUUCCUCCAAAUAGUUAAGGGCCAUAACUCAAGAAGAAUGAUGUGCAUGAACAGUUUAGGAACAAAGGUGAUUUAUAACAAAUCCGUUCAUCCAAUUGAAAUGGUCAAGGAUUCUCUCACCAAACAACUCAUGGAAUCAACAAAAGUCCAACAAGGAAAAGUUGUUAUGACAGAAAUCGAUCCAAAGGAUUUGGAAGUAAAUAGUGUCCACUGGAGAGCUGUUAGCUUAUCAAAUAGAUAUUUGGGCCCAAAUUGUCCAGGUGGGGUGGAGGUCAGCGCCAUUGCUCCAAAAGAUGGGUGUAUCGAAUCAUUCUCCUCGACUCUUGGCUGCCCAAUAGUCGGUGUCCAGUGGCACCCUGAGGCCACCAAUCAUGAUGAACAAGAACAAAAAUUCAACAGACUCAUGAUCAAAAGAUUUGUAAAACAAUGUGGACAGUCUUUCUCUUUAAAGAGAUCCCUCUUAAAACAAAUCCCAAAACAAGUUUAUUAA